AUGGCUUCUGCUCCCUCUCAUUGCACCGAGCUCGCCAAGCUCUGUAGCUCCAAGGACUGGUCCAAGGCAAUUCGAAUCCUCGAUUCACUCGUUUCUCAGUCUGCUGCUGUUCAAGACAUCUGUAACCGAGCCUUCUGUUAUAGCCAAUUGGAACUGCAUAAGCAUGUGAUUAAGGAUUGCGAUAGAGCGAUUCAGCUUAACUCCUUGCAUCUUCAAGCUUACAUUCUGAAAGGUCAUGCGCUUUUUGCUUUGGGAAGGAAAGCAGAUGCUUUAAUGGUAUGGGAGCAAGGCUUUGAACUUGCUCAGCAUCAAUCUGCAUAUUUGAAGCAGUUGUUAGAACUUGAAGAGCUUUUGGUGAAAGAAAAACAAGGUAACAAUGCAUCGUAUGAAACCAAUGGACUGCCCAUGGUGCAAGCCAAAUCAGAUUCUUCAUGUAAUAAGAACUUGACUGAAACUUGUGAAAGCCAUGCUAAACUAUGUGACAAUACAAGUGAUAAAUCUGAGAUCUUUCUAAAGUCCACUGAUAAAUUUGAUGCAAAGAAUGAACUAAAUAGUGAAGGUAGAGAGUCUAAUAAAUGUGAUGGCCAAGUUAAUGGAAGCCCUGAUGUUAUUGAUAAUUUGUGCUAUAACUCUGAGUCGUGUAAUGAUUCAAGUGAUAAUUCAGAAUCAUGUGAUAAAGUAUUUACUAAUAGCGGUGAAUCACGUGACUCAAACGAUGCUCCUGAAAUUCUUAAAAAGCCCAGUUUUAAGUUUACUUUCCCCAGUAAAAAAAGUAGCGAAGCAAGGAAAAAUAAAAAGUUCUCUGUUGCUCGGAUUUCAAAGACAAAGUCUAUAAGUGUAGAUUUUCGGCUUUCACGGGGAAUAGCAGAGGUUAACGAAGGGAAAUAUGCUCAUGCUAUAUCCAUUUUUGACCAGGUACAGUGUUGUCUUCCACAAAAAGGAGCAAUGGGAGAGAUUCAUCAAAUGAUUUUGAAAAAGAUACGAAUUAUGCGUUUGAUCGAGUUGAAGAAUUUGUCAAUGUAA